AUGGCGUGUCGAAGAGAGGAGCAAAAACAUUCUGGCUUACAAAACUCGGGAGAGAAGCAGAGUCGGACAUCUUCUACCACCACCGAGCGUCCUGAAGAUCAGAAACCCGAAGAACCUCCACCUGUCGGCCUCGACAACUAUCCACGCUUGUUUCGACGGCUUGCUGCCUCUUUGCCUCAUCUCCACCGGCCAACCAGAGACGACUUUCUGCGUGCUUCUACUGGAUUCUGGCAACGUGCUCGAGUGCGAUUCAAGUGGCUCACUAUCCGCUCAUUCCGCAAGUACAAUGCCGACGACAUCUCGGCUUUCGUGACCUGGUUCUUCAUGAGUCAAACACUUUGGCUUUUUGUCGGAACUACUACCUUCUUCUCUGUAGUCUUCACAACGUUGAACAGUCUACGGUUACAAGAGUACGUCGCACGCGCCCUCAGCGACUACAUCACUUCAGAAACAGGAAUCACUAUUAUCUUUGAGUCUGCGAUCGUUCCCAAAUGGAAGGAUUCACGGAUCUCGUUCAAGAAUGUAUAUAUGACGCGCCGUCCGAACGGUGGCAAACACACGGAGCGCAAGAAACCAGACUUGAAUGUGGGCUACUCGGCGGCAUUAGGAUAUGACGUCAGCAACCACCCGUCCAAUCACCACAUUUUUGACGAGGAUGAAGUGAACAUAGAGGACAUCUCGGAUGAAGAUACAAAUUACUCUAUGUUUGACUUGAGUGUGGAAUCAAUCGACGUCACUCUAUCUUUUGCUCGUUGGUUUAAAGGUAAAGGCCUGGUCGCAGAUGCCGUCGUCAAGGGAGUACGGGGAGUUUUGGACCGUCGCUCCGUGACGUGGGAUCCUGACCAUCCACUUGAUCCUGCAUCCUUCCGACUUGUCGGACAGCCAGGCGAUUUUGAGCUGGAGUCCCUUCAACUCGAAGAUCUCCUCGUCACCGUCUACCAGCCAGGCGGUUUCAGGCCAUAUACAGCGUCCAUUUUCCGUGCGGAUAUCCGAACUUUCCGCAAGCAGUGGCUUUUCUAUGACUUCUUGUCCGCGGAGAAUGCUGUCGGGCAGUUCGACAACUGCCUGUUUAGUCUGCAUAAGCCGCAGAGUAUUGGACGUACUACAGAACAGGAUCUCAUGGGCGGCAAGUGGGGGCGCAUGUCACGCUUCCGCAUCGACGGCGUCAACAUCGAUCAUCUGCAAAGCAUGACAACGCAAGAAGGCCCCUUCUCGUGGAUCACCUCUGGCAAGGUCGACGCGGUGCUGGACGUCAAAUUUCCGCGCGACCCCCAGGACGAGCUUGCGCUGAACGCCAUCCUGGGCGAGCUUGCGGACGCCAUCACGACGGCGGCUGCGUCUGUCUCCGACUACAUCCCCGGCCAGCGCGAGCUUGCGAAGCCGCCGCUGAGCGCGCCCUCAGAUAAUGAGGACGUCGCGGAGGACACGCCCAAGGUGGUCAUCGACAUCGACUUGCGCUUCCGCGACCUUAAGGCAGCCGUCCCGAUAUUUACGUCUGACUUGAGCUACGUCAAUAACGCACUUGUGAGACCCAUUGUCGCGUUCAUGAAUGCUAACCGGACUUUGGUACCCAUCCGCUCUCGGGUGGUCACGGAUCUCAGUAACUUUGACGGAUCGUUGACGAUGUGGGAAACCGGUCUUAUGGAUAUGAUCUCAUUGAAGGUCUACGAGGCAAUGGCGUACCAUGUCAUGCAAGCUAACUUCAAUCGCCGUGUAAAAGCGGUCAGUGCAUGGAGCCUGCAGAUGACAGCGAGCGCCAUCUUGUCUGCCUUGCGGACCUUGAUGGACCCCAUGGCGGCACACCUGCGCGAGCUAAUAAAUUCCUGA